AUGACGAAACAGAGGCCACAUACCUUCUUCCUAGUGAUUGCUUUCUGGAUGAUUCUCGCUUCACGAGUUCGGGCGACGACGGAUUCCCCAGAUGUGCUAGCCCUUGAAGAUCAAUAUAGGGCUCUGAACAACCCACCUCAACUGAAGCGGUGGAGAUUGGAUGGAGGAGAUCCAUGUGGAGAAUCAUGGAUGGGCGUCUCGUGUUCUGGAUCUUCUGUUAUCCGCAUUAAGCUUCAGGGUCUGAACUUGAGUGGAUAUCUGGGGAGCCAGUUCCAUCUGCUCCAUGGGUUGAAGCAACUGGAUCUUAGCUCUAAUAACAUCACUGGUGAAAUUCCAUACAGCUUACCUCCUAAUGUCACCCACUUAAACUUAGCAUGCAACAAGUUAGAGCAAAAUAUACCUCAUUCUUUGCCCAAUUUUAAACUCCUCAGAAAUCUGAAUCUAAGCCACAACAUGUUGUCAGGUCCCGUUGGGAAUGUGUUUGCUGGUCUGCAAAGUCUGAGAGAGAUGGAUCUAUCAUACAAUAAAUUCACUGGAGACCUGCCUAGUUCAUUUGGAUCUCUGAGAAAUCUAACUAGAUUGUUCCUGCAGAAAAACCAGUUCACUGGAUCAGUUGUUUUCCUGGCUGAUCUUCCUCUUUCUGACCUGAACAUCCAGUCCAAUAACUUCAGUGGUGUUAUUCCAACUAACUUUCAAACUAUACCAGAUUUGUGGAUGGACGGAAAUCAAUUCCAUGUGGAACCUGGCUAUCCACCUUGGAGCUUUCCAGGGGAGAAUCCAAUUACGCAGAACUUCAGCACUCGUCCGACGACGGAGUCGAGUGCCAUAGUUGAGAAUCAUCCUGCCGCUAUAGUCGAGAACCAUCCAUCUUUCAGGCUGGCUAAACAGAAGAAGAAAUUGUUGAGCCUGGGUGGAGUCGUUUUUAUUGUUGGAGGAUUAACCCUAGUGGUUACUGGUGCAGCAAUUUUCAUUGCAAUGCGUCUGAAGCAAUCUGAUGCCUUUCCAGCCGAGACAACCAAUGCAUACGAAGCUAGCCCACCCACCUUUCUGAGUCGAAGCCGCACGCCAUUUAGUAGACAAGCGAGAGCUAAAAGAUUAUCUGGGGGGAGAAGUUUGGGUAAGAACAACAGAGCUCCAGCCAGCGCAAGAAUUUACACAGUGGAAGAGCUCCAGUAUGCAACCAACAGCUUCAGUGAAGACAACCUUAUUGGAGAAGGAUCUCUCGGUGCUGUGUACAGAGCUGAGUUUCCUGACGGCCAAGUAUUGGCAGUGAAGAACAUAAACACAGUGUCGCUAUCUUUCGAGGAAGAAGAACGGUUGAUGGAAGUGAUAUGGACUAUAUCUCGACUUCGGCACCCAAAUAUCAUAGCCCUACUCGGUUACUGCGUUGAACACGGCCAGCACCUCCUUGCCUAUGAACACGUGAGAAGCUUGCCUCUCGAUGUGGUUCUUCACGGCCAGAGUUACAAACCACUACCAUGGAUGGUCCGUCUCAACGUCGCACUCGGAGUGGCUCGGUCAUUGGAGUAUUUGCACUGCACUGUCUGUCCUCCUGUGGCUCAUGGCAACGUGAAAGCCUCGAACGUGUUGCUCGACGAAGAGCUGGUGCCGCGUGUCUGUGAUUCUGGGCUGGCUAUCCUGAGGCCCCUGACUUGCAACAGCGUCAAAGUCAAGGCUUCUGAAAUCGCACUGACGGAAACGGGCUACAUCGCACCUGAACAUGGGGAGCCAGGAAUUGAUAGUACCAAGAGCGACGUGUUUGCGUUUGGAGUGAUGCUUCUGGAGCUGCUGACUGGAAGGAAACCUUUCGACAGCUCGCGGCCGAGGAAGGAGCAGUCUCUGGUGAAAUGGGCUUCCCGCCGGCUUCACGACAGUGAGUGGUUGGUGCAGAUGGUUGAUCCAUGCAUCAACAGGAGAAGCUUGUCUUUGAAGUCUUUAUCUGGAUUUGCAGACAUCGUCUCUCACUGUACUCAGCCGGAGAUGCAGUUCAGGCCUCCGAUGAGUGAGAUCGCAGAAUCUCUGAGUCGUCUGGUUCAGAAGAGCGGAAUUGCAGCUGCUGGUGAAGGGAUCGAUGAUCCAUUCGAUAGAUCGUUUCGUUCCACCAUUACAGGAUUUGUCAGCUCCCCCACAGUCAGCUACUACUCUCCCUAG